AUGCCCCCUCAGCGUCGAUCAUGGGUCGGAUGUACAAGGUGCAAGAGCUUCAAGAAGAAGUGCAGCGAGGAGAGACCCGCUUGUCGGCGAUGCACCCUGGCUAACGCAAAGUGUGAAUACGCCGUCAAGUUGCGCUGGGGAGGGCGACCCUUCAAUCGUUCACCGUUUGGGGAGUGUUUGACCCAAAAUGAAGGAAAAGUUGAAAGAUUAGAUUUAAACAAUAAAAACUUCAUUUACGUCUCUCCUUCUACUCUCAAACCAAAUCCACCAAAGGCUGCGUCACCACCGGUACAAGAGGUCGAUAGAACGCAAUGGAUAUCAACUUCGCCAUCAGCAAUUCCAGAGACAUCCGAGUCUUCGCAGCUGGUUCUCUAUCCGCAGAGCCCACUUAUCCCUCUCACUCCCUCUGUAGAGUUCUUCGGUCAUCUGUCUCCCUUGCACAGAUCAGGACUUCAAUACUUCACCGAAAGAACCGUUAGGGCUCUUGCGCCGCAUCCCAAAAUCUUCAACGAGUUAUGCGAGCUCAUUCUUCCCAUGGCCGUGUUCAACGAGCCACUACUUCAAGGCAUCGUUGCACUUGCCGCAACACAUCGGCUCGCCAGUUGCAAAACAAACGAGGAGCAGAGCGCCCAAGCACUCAUUGUCGCCGGUUUUCAAGCUCUCAGCUCCAGGUCACUCUGCGAGAAGCUUUCAGACUAUGAUGGAGAUCAGGAACUCAUUCCACUUCUUGCUACUGCUCGAGCGCUAUUCGUCUGUGAAGUUUUUGCCAGUGAGCCCAAUGCAGAUCGGUGGAGUGUACAUUUUAGAGGGGCCAGAGGACUGAUCUCACGAAUCCAAGACAAAGGUCUCCUGGAAAGACCGACCGACGAGCUGCGAUUCUUAUUACGGUGGUUUGACAUGACCGAGUCGCUGGUCUGCCACUCUAUCAGUGAUCUUGCUCCGAAGCAAUGUGCUAUCCCAUCACCAACAACUCUGCCAUCUUUCGAAAUAGAUGACGAGCCAGUCUAUAUUGACAUGUACCUCGCGCGAACGAAGGACCUACUUAAUGUUUUCAAAGAGAUCGCCAGGCUAUCCCAUAUCAGAAACGAAAGGGAAACACUAGAGGGAUCGUCACAAGACGUAGGAGAUGAUGCGGAGGUGUGGUGGUUGCUAAGCUAUCUACAGAGCAUCAUCGACCGCGACCAGGCCAAUCCACCCCCGGUCAUGUCCAUACACGACCGAGUCUUGACCGUCGCCGAAGUUCAAGAGUAUAGAUUGUCGAAUCAGAUCUGGCAACUCACAGGUCUCCUUCUUAUCCACCGACGUCUGCUCCACGAACCAAGAUCAUCAACGCUCAUAAAAGAUCUUGUCCAGCGCAUUCUUGAAUCUGCGGAACGCAUGACACUACGUGAUGGCCUUACGCCUGUCACACUACUCACACCACCUCUGUUCUUUGCCGGCUGUGAUGCUCUUGGGGGCGACCGACCAAGGAUAAAGACAUCGUUGCAGGGUGUCUCCACUGCUCUGGGACUCUUGAACACGCAAAGAGCAUUGGAAAUAUUGGAAGAUUAUUGGGAAGCAGAUCCAGGUGUUGAUGAUGGAUUAGCUGAUAGAUCCUGGCCCCGGAUCAGCCAAUUUUUACCUUAUUGA